AGGUAUGUUUCUUGAAUUUUCCUUAUCCAGGGAAAUUUUUCUCGAGUUCUCCAGAACUGUCCGACCGAAUGUGUCUUCACCCUUCUAUUCGUCUUCCAGAAGUGUCCAUUAUCUCCUUCAAAUAGUGGAAAAUCCAGUCUCCCUACUCAAUCAAAUCAACAACUCCCUCACUUUCUGUUAGCAUUUUCUUGCCUGCCAAACACAACCCAACUACUCCAAUAAUUUUCCAACUGAUCAAGGCUCACAACUUCACUUCACUUGACCAAUAAACACAAACCCCAGCUCUUGAGAGAGACACAGAAAAAUGUCUCAGGCCGUAUCGAAUUUGAGCAUUUUUCUUCCAAUGUCAUCUGGGAGGAGGACCAAAAAUUGCCCAUCCCCUGUUUUCUCAAAACCAGUUAAGAACAGCCUCAGGGCCAUGGCAAGAGAUGCAAGGGACAACCUUGACCACUUGCAGAGGGCCACCACCAAGCACCAACAACAACCACCACCCCAGCCCAAAAAGAGAGUCGCGCCGGCACCACCUGUAGGGUUGUGGGACCGGUUUCCGACGGCAAGGACAGUUCAGCAGAUGAUGGAGACCAUGGAGAGGAUGAUGGACGACCCGUUGGCCUACUCGGGCGGGUCGGGUUGGGCAUCCCCAUUGCCGACGGAGACAGGCGGCUACAGCAGGGGAAGGACCCCCUGGGAGAUCAAAGAAGGUGAGGCUGAUUACAAGAUGAGAUUUGACAUGCCUGGGAUGACCAAAGAGGACGUCAAGGUGUGGGUUGAGGAGAAAAUGCUGGUUGUGAAGGCAGAGAAGGUGACCAAGAAGAAGGAAAAUGGGGUGCAAGAAGAAGAAGAUAAUGGUGAUGAUGAGUGGUCUGCUAAGAGCUAUGGAAGGUACAGCAGUAGAAUUGCUUUGCCUGAGAAUAUUCAGUUUGAGAAGAUUAAGGCUGAGGUUAAAGAUGGGGUCUUGUAUAUUACUAUUCCUAAGGCUACCAGUAGUUCUAAGAUUUUGGACAUUCAUGUAGGGUGAUAGCUAUAGAUUUAGAGAUGGAGAGCAGAGGAUUUUGGCUUCUUUCUCCUUUUCUUUGUUCAAUUUGAAUUUUGGUUUCUGAGUAUUAAUGUCAUUACCUAUAGUGGGAAUUAGCUGAC